AUGCCUCUCGAUGUCAGCUUCUCUACGAGGCUGACUAAUAUUUUGUGGUUUACAAACGCUUUCAUCACAGCUGGAAAGGAUGCAGUCGCGGCUCGAAAUGCGGCCAAAGAGCUUGAAGAAGAGAUCUUGCACAACGCUGGAUCCCUGGAUGAAUAUGAGGAAAUAUGCAGCUCCACACUUGCGGAGGUGGGCGUGUCUGGCUCACUACCUGAAGAGCCAGCAGAUCAUCCAGAAGAAGCGCAGAUCUUGAAUGUGGAGGGUCCAAGCUAUGGCGGGUAUCAGUAUGCGACAUAUCAUGCAGACGGGCAAUUUUCAACCAUCUUCAAGGCCCAGGCCAAGGACGAGAGCGCUGCCGUGCAGAUAGUUGCUUUGAAGGUUACGCGGCCAGCGAUGACAAGUCCUCCGCACAAUCCUGAAAGGGAGGCACGACUUCUGACGGAGGCAAAACACCAACAUGUCCUUCCGCUUAUCGAAACAAUCCGCGAAUCUGGUGGUGUCUUUGUGCUCGUCUUACCGUUCCUCACUCAGGACCUGGAGAAUUUGCUUCGAUCGGGACGCUUGGACAAAGGUCAGGUGCGGAUGGUAUUCUUGGGCCUGUUCCGUGCUCUCACUCAUAUACACAGCCUGGGCAUAAUACAUCGAGAUGUAAAACCAGCAAAUAUCCUCCUCAAAACCAUGAAUGGACCAGUUUACCUAGCAGAUUUUGGUAUCGCUUGGUCGCCUCAAGACAGAGAUUCUGAACCUGCCAAUUUGAAAAUCACUGAUGUUGGUACGGCCUGCUACCGCCCACCAGAGCUAUUAUUCGGUCAUAAGGCAUAUGACACAUCCUUGGAUAUGUGGGCAGCAGGCUGCGUGGUCGCAGAACUACUCAAAGACGGUCACCAUCCCUUGUUUGAUGCCGGGCCUUUGGGGAGCGAGCUGAGCUUGAUUAAAUCAAUAUUCUCGACACUCGGGACACCGAAUGAUGAUUCCUGGCCUUCAGCACACACGUAUCCGGACUGGGGCAAGAUGCGGUUCAAGGACUUCCCGCCGCAGCCAUGGCAAGAUCUGCUUCCUGGCGUCUCUGACGCAGGAAUAUCGUUUGUGGAAAGCACCGUCUGCUAUGAGAGUAGUCACCGGUUGACGGCUGGAGAGGUACUGCAUUCUAAGAAGCCUGUGAGAACAUACUAA